CCCUAAGAUCGCUGCCAAACGGUUAACUACAAACAUUGGUCACGGGGCAUCCAAUCCGCAGAGAAGUGUACUCCAUUGACUGAAAAAGAAUAUUUCCUCCAAUCUCUACUUCAUACUAUCAGUCACCUGUCUCUGUGAAUUUGCUGUUCAAAGUUAAAACACCAGUGCAAAGAUAUACCAUGUCUUGACUAUCCUCAGAAAUAUCUUCCACCUGAGGUUUAGGGUUACAGCUGUUGAUAUCACACGAAUGGACGCUGAAAGUCAGUGAUGGCAGCAGGUGUUCUCGAAAAGAGUAAGCAGAUCCCGUAGAUCCUGCCUUACCAGAAGCAUCCGUCAUUCCCUGUCUGAAGCACCUUCCACCCAGGACACCCAAGUCCUAACACUUCAUGUUAGAAUCCCUGAUCUUGUAUCUGGAUUAGGCAGCACCUGUCUAUUUUCGUAGUUUGGUUUCACCUGGGUGUUAUUCCCACAGUAGUCUGACACCCGACGAUACAUCGGAAUGCUGUUGACAGCGGCAUGCAAAUUAAUUUACCUGUUUAAAUGUUUUGGAAACACACAAAAGCAGACAAAAUACCUGCAGCCAUGACAGAGUGUGUUAAUGGGCUUAUAGAACAUACAAUAUCCUAACAGGCUGGCAGAGAGAAAAUGAACCCUGCAGUCGGAAGAUUUCAUGACCUGUAGAUAUACUGAGGGAACAAAUAAGGGAUCACAUGAAAGCACAAGUGUUCCCUUAUUUUUUUCCAGGUUUCUUCACAAGCUUUGCAUCACAUAGCUUGUGAAGAAACCUGAAAGAAAUAAGGGAACACUUGUGCUUUCAUGUGAUCCCUUAUUUUUUUCCCUCAGUAUAUAUGCUUCGUCCUCAGUGGUCAUAUUUCAUAUUUCAGGGAUUCACAAUGGAUCAAGCUUAUAUUGCAGCACAAGCACCAAACAGGAAAACGGUAGGUGACUUCUGGAGAAUGAUCUACGAGAAGAACUUGACAAGAAUCGUGAUGCUGACGAACCUGACAGAGGCAGGAAAGGUGAAGUGUGUCCCCUACUGGUCAGACACGUCGGACCUGAACGUGGACGUCCUCACCAUCUCCGUCACCAACAUCAGUCACAGAGCUCACUGGGUCUUCCGGGAACUCAAAGCCACAUUGAAAGAGACUGGCGAGAGUAGAGUGUUUCAUCAUUUCCACUACACAAAAUGGCCAGAUCAUGGAACGCCAGAGGAAACGCCACUGAUGGAGUUCGUUUGGAGGAUACGAAAGACACCGAACCCUGACAAUACGCCCUUGAUGGUGCACUGCAGUGCUGGUAUUGGCCGGACAGGGACGUAUAUCGCCGUGGACUACCUGCUGGACCGGGCGAUGGCUGACCAGAAGGUGGACGUGUUCGAUUUGUAAAUCUCUAUGAGACAACAG